CCGGGUUUCCUGGCCGCGCCGCCCGCCGGCUCCGAGCAGGUCGCCGCGGGCUGGCACACGCCACCGGGUCCUUGAGUCAAUAAGGGAGAGACUCUCCCGAGCACCGUAAAUAGAGUCCAAGUGGGCGGGGAGCCGCCCCGCGCCGCCCGCUCAUGUCUCUGCGGAGCCGAGUGUCCGGCCGCCUGGCACAGCUGCGCGUGGCGGGGCAGCUGCUCGUCGCCCCGCGCCCCGGGCCCGGCCCCUCGGCGGGUGACACGCGGACCCGCAGCAGUGCGUGCGGCCCCCACGCGCGGACCUCAGCGGGAGUUGGGGCUUGGGGGGCAGCGGCGGUGGGGCGGAGAGCCGGGGUGCGCACCUGGGCCCCCCUGGCCAUGGCGGCGAAGGUGGACCUGAGCACCUCCACCGACUGGAAGGAGGCAAAAUCUUUUCUGAAGGGCCUGAGUGACAAGCAGCGGGAAGAGCAUUACUUCUGCCAGGACUUUGUCAGGCUGAAGAAGAUCCCUACGUGGAAGGAGAUGGCGAAAGGGGUGGCUGUGAAGGUGGAGGAGCCCAAGUACAAGAAGGACAAGCAGCUCAAUGAGAAGAUCUCCCUGUUCCGUGGUGAUAUCACCAAGCUAGAGGUGGAUGCCAUCGUCAAUGCCGCCAACAGCUCCCUGCUUGGAGGUGGCGGUGUGGACGGCUGCAUUCACCGGGCCGCCGGACCCCUGCUCACCGACGAGUGCCGGACCCUGCAGAGCUGCGAGACCGGCAAGGCCAAGAUCACCUGCGGCUAUCGGCUGCCGGCCAAGUACGUCAUCCACACGGUGGGGCCCAUCGCCCACGGAGAGCCCAGCGCCAGCCAGGCUGCCGAGCUCCGCAGCUGCUACCUGAGCAGCCUCGACUUGCUGCUGGAGCACCGGCUCCGCUCGGCGGCGUUCCCUUGCAUCUCCACCGGCGUAUUUGGCUACCCCAAUGAGGCGGCGGCCGAGGUAGUGCUGGCCACACUGCGUGAGUGGCUGGAGCAGCACAAGGACAAGGUGGAUCGGCUGAUCAUCUGCGUGUUCCUCGAGAAGGACGAGAACAUCUACCGGCACCGGCUCCCCCACUACUUCCCCGUGGCCUGAGGCUCCCUGCAGCCCACCCUGCCCGGGACUGACCUACCUUUGCCUGCGCCACCUCGCUCCCAGCUCUGAAGUCACCAAGCCUGCAGCUGUGCCUGGGCCCAGCCACCCCUCUUCCCGUUGGUGCCCUGCCCCUAAGGAGCCUCCUAAUAAAGAUCACUUGUUGCCACUU